UACGGGGCGGUACCGCCGACUGAAUCACUACAUAUCAUUUACUCUGAGGAGAAGUUAUUCUCGGACUAUAUCUUCUAGACCUACGGUCCUCCAAGAUGGAUCAGGACUUACCGCCCCCGCCGGGCGAGAGCCCAUACGACAACGCUGGUGAUGCGGCGGCUGUUGGUCGUAAUACCGAGGAACAUGCCUACGACAACUCCACGUACGAGAUGGACACGGGCGAACAGACCGCUGUCGACAUGCAACCACCGGAAGAACCCGUCAAUGACAUCCCCAACGAUCCCGAGCCUGACGUCGUCGCCGAUCCCGGUAAUGACUUAGACAUUGAUGCCGAGGGCGAGGUCGUUGUCGAUGAGGACAUGGAAUCUUCAGCUGUGAUUGAAGUCAAUGCUGUGGAUGGUGGCGCGGAUGUGGAUCCUAAAGACGAAAUUGAGAUGGUGAGGCUAGAUGAUGGUGAAGAGCUACCUGAAUACACAGAACCGGAAGAGGAACAGGCCGGUCCACUCCCGAGCAAAUCAAGGGGAGAUUCAAGGAUAUACGAGAGCAUCAAGAGAACACCUGCAGGACCAUCUGCGGGACCAGACAGUGAAGAAGAGAAGCUCAGGCAACAAAAAGAGCUCAAAAUCUGCAUCUUUCUCUUCAUCCUCGUCCUGAUAGGAGUGAUUAUCGGUCUUGUUGCAUUCUACAUCGUUUACUCAGUGGGAUUGACGGCCGCUACACUUCAAAGCACAACGACUUCAGAUAACGUCGCAGUGGAGUUGAACUUGACGUUUAAUGACAAGAAUUUCACCGACGCUUUAUACGACUCCAACUCUACUGAAUAUAAGGAGCUAGAGGCUGAAGUCUUGAUGCUGCUGGCUGGAGUACUGCAGUCAGGGGACUUCUCAAACUCAACUAGGGUAGUCCUGGGGUUCAGUCCCGGGAGUGUGGUGGUUACAAUCUUGAUAACCAUAGACUCUGUACCAGUAAGACUCAAUGUUAUACUGGCUGAAGAUGGAUCAAUUGCUCUUGGUGACGCGAUUGCCGAGGAACUAGUCACACUGACCUCAGAGGGUCUCUCUGAUAACAAUGUGGAUGUCGUGGUUUCCAACGUGGCAGUUCAAGAAGUAACAACAACAACAACAGUUAGCACAGCAGCACCAACAGCAGGUACAACACCUGCACCACCAAGUACCACAGAUGCCACAGAUACCACAACAGCGCAAGCUACUUGUGCAAGCGAUGAGUUCACCUGCGAAGCCGAGGGAACCUGUAUAGAUAGCACGCAGCUCUGUGACUUUGUACCUGAUUGUAGGGUGUCCCAAGCAGACGAAACAGAAGACCUCUGCAAGGUCUCCUCAUUAACAGUGGAACAGGUUGUGUCUCUCAGAAGGGACAGCACAUGGACGACGCCUGCUACCUACCCGGAGAGAGACGGUAGCGUAGAGACGCCGCUGGACUACAUCCUCUAUCAGCUAUCGGUGACCGGUUCAUCUGCGACAACCUCACACAUUCUCAUCAACCUUGUUUUUGUGGAGUUCGCCGGCAAUGAUUCUUCCCUAUUGAUAGGACGCGGGCAUGACCCUGUGCAGGCACUAUACGACAGUGAUGGACCACUGCUGAGUGUUGAAGAUGGAAUAUUGAUUAACGCUGUAUUAUCCAUUACCACACCAGACAAUGAGGCUUACAUAUUGCUUAGGAAAGCCCCAGGAGAUAACGUUGAGAUUAACAUCGAACUUAGCGCAUUCCAAUGUUUACCUGAGGGGGCUAUAGCAUGUAAGCGCUCUGCUCAAUGUUACCUGCCCAGUGAAGCCUGUGAUGACAUAGAACAGUGUCCGGAUGGAGACGACGAAGAUGGAUGUUCAACACCUGACGAUUGUCACAACUGUACAACCGCUUGGGCAGAGAACACAUGCCUGCCAUCUAACUGGGUUUGUGACGGCACUCAAGAUUGUCUGGACAACUCGGAUGAAAACGACUGUCAAACCUGCUUUGAAUGCGCUUCUGAUAAUCUUGGCUAUGAUUGUGUUAAAGAUCCGGAAUGGAUUUGCGAUGGUAUAAAAGAUUGCAAUAUGGGAGAGGAUGAAUAUAACUGCCCAGCUACCAUCUAUCCCUGCUUUGAAUGUGAGUCUGACUUUCUAUGUAUUUUGGAUCCAUACUGGGUUUGCGAUGAUGUUGCUGAUUGCUAUAACGGAGAGGAUGAAGUAAACUGCACAAAAACCUGCUUUGAUUGUGAAUCUGAUGUUUGUGUUGAAGAUCCAGGAUGGGUUUGCGAUGGAUAUGAAGAUUGCGAUGACGGAAAGGAUGAAAUGAACUGUACAGCAACCCCCCUAGCAAACAACACCUGCUAUGAUUGUGAGUCUGUCUUUCUAUGUGUUAAUGAUCCAGACUGGAUUUGCGAUGGAUACAGUGAAUGCGAUAACGGAGAGGAUGAGAUGAACUGCACAAGUACAGAGGUUUGUCCUGGUACAUCAUUUGCCUGCCCUGAGCCAGACUCAACAUGUAUUGAAGAGACACUGCUGUGUGACUUUAUACCACACUGCAGAGCUUCAGGAUCAGACGAAACAGAAGAACUUUGUAUGGUCUCACAAAUAUCAGAGGAUAUAAGUGUUCCAUUCGAUGAGUAUAGAUGGUUAAUAACCCCUGAUGCCUAUCCUAGUCGGGACAUCGAUACCACCAAGGACUAUCUUCUUUACCGUGCAUCGAGUCCACCAAACUCACAUUUGCUGAUUGAGAUCAUAAAGGUGGUCUUUGAUGGUGACGAUUCAUCCUUGACUAUUGGCACUGGGCAUGACCCUGUCCAGGCAUUCUACGACGAUGGCUUGCUGUUGGGUUUCUCCCGUUAUUUCAUAUGGAAUAGUACUGUGCCAUUCCGCGGAGCAACACCUGGGAAUGAGGCAUAUAUCUUACUUGAGAGAGCGCCAGGAGGAAACGUCAAUAUUUCCCUGAGACUUAGUUCAUUCCAAUGUCCGAGAGAAGAUGAUAUCCCAUGUACCUACUCCAACAAUUGUUAUCAAGAGAGUGAGAUCUGCGAUGGUGUGGUGCAGUGUGAACUCAGCCAGGAGGAUGAAACCGAUUGCACAUCGCCUACCGGUACUCCCGAUCUUUGCCAUAACUGUACUACUGCCUGGGCUGAAGAUACCUGUUUGCCUUCUUCCUGGGUUUGUGAUGGAAGUGCUGAUUGCCUUGAUGAAUCAGAUGAACUUGAUUGUCAGAAUUGUCCUGAUGCUUCAUUUGCCUGCCCUGAGCCAGACUCAACAUGUAUUGAAGAGACACUGCUGUGUGACUUUAUACCACACUGCAGAGCUUCAGGAUCAGACGAAACAGAAGAACUUUGUAUGGUCUCACAAAUAUCAGAGGAUAUAAGUGUUCCAUUUGAUGAGUAUAGAUGGUUAAUGACCCCUGAUGCCUAUCCUAGUCGGGACAUCGAUACGCCCAAGGACUAUCUUCUUUACCGUGCAUCGAGUCCACCAAACUCACAUUUGCUGAUUGAGAUCAUAAAGGUGGUCUUUGAUGGUGACGAUUCAUCCUUGACUAUUGGCACUGGGCAUGACCCUGUCCAGGCAUUCUACGACGAUGGCUUACUGUUGGGUUUCUCCCGUUAUUUCAUAUGGAAUAGUACUGUGCCAUUCCGCGGAGCAACACCUGGGAACGAGGCAUAUAUCUUACUUGAGAGAGCGCCAGGAGGAAACGUCAACAUGUCCCUGAGACUGAGUUCAUUCCAAUGUCCGAGAGAAGAUGAUAUCCCAUGUACCUACUCCAACAAUUGUUAUCAAGAGAGUGAGAUCUGCGAUGGUGUGGUGCAGUGUGAACUCAGCCAGGAGGAUGAAACCGAUUGCACAACCCCUCCAGCAAACUCCACCUGCUAUGAUUGUGAGUCUGUCUUUCGGUGUGUCAAAGAUCCAGAAUGGAUUUGCGAUGGAUGGAGUGAUUGCAAUAACGGAGAGGAUGAGAUGAACUGCACAGGGACUUGCUUUGAGUGCCAAACGCAUCCUUCCUUUGAUAACUGCAUUGAUUUUGACUCUGUCUGUGACGGCAAGAUUGAUUGCUUCAAUGGCACUGACGAAUUAGAUUGUGAUGGUACACCUCUUCCAUGUGUCCAGUGUGAUUCAGAUUGGCCUUGUGUUCCUGAGGCUUGGGUUUGUGAUCGUGAUGAAGACUGUUACAAUGGACAAGAUGAACUCAACUGCGUUCCUACCAUCUAUCCCUGCUUUGAAUGUGAGUCUGACUUUGAAUGCAUUUUGGAUCCAUACUGGGUUUGCGAUGGUGACUACGACUGCUCUAACGGAGAGGAUGAAUUAAACUGCCCAACAACCACCCCAGGAACCCCUCCAGCAAACUCCUCCUGCUUUGAAUGUGAAUCUGACUAUGAAUGUGUUUAUGAUCCAUACUGGGUUUGCAAUGGCGUACGAGAAUGCUCUAACGGAGAGGAUGAAUUUGACUGCCCAGUUUGCGGUGAAGACGAGUAUCCAUGUUCCUUUGAUACUACAUGUUUCGAUGAAAGCGAUGUAUGUGAUGGAAUAUAUGACUGCCCAGUUGGUAUCGAUGAAUUUAACUGUACAGGAUGUUUCGCCUGUAGUGGAAACUCCGAGUGCCUGACUGAUGCUCGAGUUUGUGACUUCUAUGACGACUGCCCAGGAGGGGAAGAUGAAUCUGAGAGUCUCUGCAAACAUUCUGAAUUCAUCAAGAAUGUUGAGGUACCAACUGGAGACUGGGUGACUAUUGAACAACGGCCUGGAGGUGAUAAAAUUCGCAACACCCCAGCAAGCAACUUCGUCGAGUUCACACACUAUGUAUUUCAGGGCGAACCAGGUACAACCCUUUUCAUGGAGUUACUGGAUUUUGCCUGGUCUGAUGGCCCGCUUGCCCCCUUCCUCCGCAUCUAUGCUGGCGCUGGAGACGACCCCACAAACGCUUCAGCUAAUGUCCUUUACUUUGAUGGAACAGGUUAUAGUUUUAGCAUUAGCUACUCUUCGAACGCUUCUCUCAAGAGCAACACAGGUUUUGCUCUGAUUGGUUUCCCCAAUGGCAUAAAUGCUUCUGUCCAGCUGCGGGUCACAUCCAUAGCAUGCGAGAGCCCUGAGAGUCUUUGUAUUGGAUCUCCUCACUGCGUGGACUGGGCCAAUGACACGUGUAAUGGGGAAUAUGAGUGUGUCUACAGUCAAGAAGAUGAAUUCAACUGUGAUGGCGAGUGUGAUUUAUCCUGCUACUUCAAUGGGUCAUCUUGUCUUUAUUACCAUGAAUACUGUGAUGGUGUAUAUGACUGCGCAGCCGGGGGAGACGAGUACGGGUGCGAAGGAUGUUUUACUUGCCCUGGGAUCGGAUGCAUUCUUGAUUCUCUGGUCUGUGACUUCUUUGACAUUUGCUAUGACGGAGAAGACGAAGCGGAAAGUGUCUGCAGAGACUCUGAGUUUAUCACCGAGAUUGAUGUCCUGACUGGUGAAUGGAUCACGAUCGAGCAACGUUCCGGUGAUCCUGUGGAGGAUCGUGGCACACCCGCCAGCAAGUUCUAUGACUUCUACCAUUACGUCUUCAAAUCUGAACCAGGAUCCGCUCUCUUCGUGGAGCUACAAAAUUUCACGUGGUCUGACAACGCUCCUCAAAUAGUCCCCCUCCUCCGCAUCAUUGCCGGAGCUGGUGAUGACCCAGCGUCUUUUCCAUUGAACAGAGGAUACUUUGAUGCAACUGGAUUUGAGUAUAGCACCAGCUCUUUAUAUAACUUCACCCUGACCAACGACACAGGCUUUGUUCUACUUUCUUUCCCCAAGGAGGGCGUGGAAGCUUAUGUGAAGUUCCGUGUCACAGCUAUCAAAUGCGUGGACCCUGAGGUGGCUUGUAAUGGCUCCCCUCACUGCUAUGACUGGUUGGAUGAUACAUGCGAUGGAGAAAUCCAAUGUCUGAAUAGCGGGGAAGAUGAGUACGGGUGUGAAGCAACCCCACCAGGAAACUACUCCUGCUUUGAAUGUGAGUCUGACUUUGAAUGCAUUUUGGAUCCACAAUGGGUUUGCGAUGGUGACUAUGACUGCUCUAACGGAGAGGAUGAAUUAAACUGCCCAACUAGUUGUGAAUUGAAUGAAUUCCAUUGUAAUCGAGGCGGUGAAUGCAUCGGGUCUGAGUCUGUUUGCAACCUGGCCCCAGAAUGCACCUUUGCUGAAGAUGAGAUGAGCUGUGGCUAUGAUGACAUCUCAACUGAGGUAUGGGUGGUCGCUGGUGAAUCGUAUGACGUUAAUACGAUAGAGCUUCAGCCGGUGGGGGACAAUAUCAAAGCAGCUCUGUGGCAUUUCUUUGCCCUUAACAGCUCCUACGUCCUGUUCUUUGACGUAUCUUCCUCCUACAACCUUCCCGAUGAUUCUAAAGCGGUCUUUGGCGAAGGAACAGACUUCCUCGGCUCAAGCACUGCCAGCUACUCUCGCUUGGGCUCUACCACCAUGUUCACAAGGCAUGACUUCUUUGUACUGAGCCAUGAAGCCUUUGUGUCAGUGGAUGUUCCACUGACAGAGUCGGCUCCUGUCACGCUCAGUUUCUCAGUCAGAGCAGUCCCAGCUCCUGAAUGCACUGGGGAUUCUUCAGUCUGUGUGGCUUGCGAUUCAGGUUCUGAGACCUGCGACCUAAGUCUCAGUUGCUCUCAAUCGACUGAAUACGAAUGCCCAUAAAUUCCAGCUCCUUAAUUUACCGUAGGUUUUGCUUCAUUUUUUUAAAUUUUAGAUAUGAAAGAAAGUACUUUAGUAUUCCGGUGUUUUAACAAAGAGUAGACACUAAAUGUCAAAAAUAAAAUAUUGAUUACUUUAUUGGCAGUUUCACCAUAGGCUAAUAAAAUGUGUACAUUAUAUUUUCUUGUAGAAAAAGUGUGGAUAUUACAGGGUACUAAACUGCAGGCGCG